GCGCGCCGGGCGUCCGUUACAGGUGGCCGGGAGGAGUGACGGGGGCGCCUCCUCAGCGCUGGGUGCGGCGAGGGCGCCGGCGCCUCGGGAGCCUUAGGUGAAGACGCCAAGGAGAGCGCGAGACGGCGGCGGCGGGGAGCUGCCUCGGCUCAGGUUGAUAUUGGAAGUUUUCUGGUUAUUAGAAAUUGAAUGUAAUGGCAGCAGAAUUUAUAAAGAGUUGCUGUAGAGGAUGUUUCUAUGGUGAAACAGAAAAGCACAAGUUUUCUGUGGAAAAGGACUUUAAAGCAUCAGUCUCAAAUAGCCAAAACACCAUCUGUACACCUCCAUUAACUUCUGUUUCAGUAAAGCCCCAAGUUGGCUGUAGUGAGGAUUAUUUGCUUUCCAAAUUACCAUGCGAUGGCAAAGAAGUACCAUUUGUGGUGCCCAGGUUUAAAUUAUCUUAUAUUCAGCCUAGAACACAAGGAACUCCAUCACACCUGGAUGAACUAGAAGGAUCUGCCAGAGCAUCUUUUGGAGAUCAAAAGGCAGAACUUUGCAGUUCAUUCUACCAUGGACCCAGCUAUGAUGUGUAUAAUCCAUGCUAUAUGUAUCAGCACUUUUCACCUGAUUUAAGUAGGCGCUUUCCUCAUUUUGAAACAACAAAAAAGUAUGGAUCUGUUUGUGAUUUAAGGACCAGUAAACUUCCUGGUUCCCCCGGGCUAAGCAAAUCUAUGUUUGAUCUUACAACUUCACCUCAACGAUUCAUCCAGAGACAUGACUCAUUGUCCAGUGUGCCUAGUAGUUCUUCUUCAAGGAAAAAUUCUCAGGGCAGUAACAGAAGUCUGGAUACAAUUACCCUAUCAGGAGAUGAAAGAGACUUGGGGAGAUUGAAUGUGAAAUUGUUUUAUAAUUCUUCAGCAGAGCAGAUCUGGAUCACAGUUUUGCAGUGCAGAGAUAUAAUUUGGCCCUCUAGUUGUGGAGAUACUCCCACAAUUUCUGUAAAAGGAAUUUUAACUUUGUCCAAACCAGUGCAUUUCAAAUCUUCAGCAAAAGAAGGUUCCAAUGCUAUUGAAUUUAUGGAAACUUUUGUAUUUGCUAUUAAACUACAAAGUCUACAAACUGUGAGGCUUGUAUUUAAGAUUCAAACCCAGACUCCCAGGAAGAAAACCAUUGGAGAAUGUUCUCUGUCACUCAGAACUCUCAGUACACAGGAAAUGGAUUACUCGCUGGAAAUAAUACCACCUUCAAAAAUUUCCGUUUGCCAUUCAGAACUUGAACUGGGCACUUGUUUUCAAGCAGUAAAUAGCAGGAUUCAGCUGCAAAUUCUUGAGGCGCAGUACCUUCCAAGUUCAUCAACACCUCUGACUUUGAGUUUUUUUGUGAAGGUGGGGAUGUUUAGCUCAGGAGAGCUGAUUUAUAAAAAGAAGACACGCUUAUUGAAGGCAUCCAGUGGAAGAGUAAAAUGGGGAGAAACUAUGAUUUUUCCACUUACACAGACUGAAAAAGAAAUUCUUUUCCUCAUUAAACUUUAUAGUCGAAGUUCUGUAAGAAGAAAACAUUUUGUAGGCCAGCUCUGGAUAAGUGAAGACAGUAAUAAUGUUGAAGCAGUGAACCAAUGGAAAGAGACAAUUACAAAUCCAGAAAAGGUUGUUAUCAAGUGGCACAAGUUAAAUCCAUCUUGAAGACUUCAGACAUUAAUUUAGUGAAGAAACAACUUGACAGUCUUUUAGAAGAAACAUAAUUUCAGUUUUCUAAAGAUUGUAAUGCAUUCUAUCAGGUAUACAAAAUGAAUGAAAUGUUUUAAAAUGGUGCCAAAACAGAUGAUAAAAUAAAAUGUAGUUUAUUAGGCCAACUAAAUAGAUUUUAGAAUCUAUGAAAAUAUCAAUCCUAGAUAGGUUUUUCUGUAUUGGUUUUGCUUUUGUUUGGUUUUGUUUUUGUGCUUUGUAAACUUUAAUUUUAAAUACUGAAAACUUACUUUUCAAGUAAACAAAUCCAAGCCUUUUGAGGCUCUAAAGUAAACAUAGAAUGUGCAGAAAAAAUAAGAAACAACUGAGCAAGCAACUGCUAGCAAUUCUUCAGCAUUUCACAGGGCACAUUUAACAGACCAGCAUCUUCUUAGUAGCAAGGAUUGCAGAACUAUCCACAUGGCCGUAAUCCUUUCAUCAUCUUGUGCUAUUGAACUUCAAUACCUAGCACACCAGUCCCUGUUUGUACUAUUAUGCAUUUACAAGAAUUUACCACUUUUCCAGUGCUAGGAAUGAUUGAUUAGAUCUUGAUUACACUGUUCAUAUCUUCAUAUGUAUUUUUUUUUCAGAGCAAAAUGAAUAGAACCAUUUCUACUGUUUUUUUUUUUUUUGUAUUUGAGGAAAGUUGGUUCUUCAUGCUUACAAUUUCUUAUCUAUAAGUCAUUUCAUGACCAUCUUAUAAGCUGCUUAUCUCCAGGAGAAUUAGAGAAUUAUUAACAUUUUUCCGAGAAUAAAUAAGGCUUGGAGCUACUAGGAUGGCUCAGUGGAUAAAGGAGCUUGUCACCACACUUGAGUUCCAUUCUUAGAACUCAGCAUGAAUGGAAGAAGAGAACUGAUUUCUUUAAUUUGUUCUCUGAAAUCCACAUAUAUAUCAUGGCAUACACAUGUACACACACACACACACACACACACACACACACACGCUAAACAUGUCUUUAAAAGAAUAAAUAAAGUUUAUUUGAAAGCCAAAAUAUAUACAUUUUGCUGUCUUCAUCAUUCUUUAUUUUCUUUGGAGUUAAAAUAACAUAUUUUAUAUUCAGGCCAACUUAAUUUAAUGAUCUUAAAUAGUAAAUUCAGUAUUUUGAUCAUUAGUUCUUUGUUUUAGUUUUUAUGUAAGUUACUUGUUCUGCAAUCUACAAUAUUAAAGUAUUUUCCCAUUUUUAAUAGCCAUACUUGGUAACAAUGUAUUUUUCUACUGCAGAUUUUUUCAGAUAUGUAUUAGAAUUUAGCGUAUGGAGAUUAUUUCUGCUUGGAUGGCUGUAAGAGUUAUGGCUAAGACAAAACAAUCUUUAGGAAGGUGUAAGCAACAGUUUCUAAUCUUACAAAUACUGAUUUUAUUUUUGCCAAUAAGUAAAUAAUGAGAUCUAUAUUCCCGAUCAUCCUCUCUCUCUCCCUCUCUAACUGUCUGCCUCCUUGUCUCUCUCUUUCUCUCUUUCUUUGUCCCACACAUUUUAGUCUAGAGGAUGCUUUGUUAUAAUGUAGGAAUAACCUUUUUAUUUCAGUUCUUCUUUAUAGUCUAGAUAUUUAAUUAGAAUCUAAAUUGAGCUGUUAUCUAGGUGUCUUCUCAAGAUAUAUAUAUAUAUACACACACAUAUAUAUAUAUCUCAAGAUAUAUAUAUAUCUUGCAUUCCCUUUGCUUUUAUUGCCUAGAUUUUUAUGGUACCAGUGGUAUUAACCACAAUUCUUCACCACUGUGAAUUUUGAAAUAAUAUUUCUAGACUGGUCAGUACUCUCAUGGUCUUUUAGGAGAAACCAUCCUUUGUGAUAGUGAUAGUAUUUUGAACAUUGAGACUUAAACUUUCUUUUAGUUUAGUUUGUUUGUUUAAUAGAUUUUAAAGUGGGAACAGAAAUUUCCUACAUGUAAUCUUCCAUUGUCAGCACAGGCACAGCCUUCUGCACUAUCAACAUCCUACACUCAAAUAUGACAUGUGUCAAAAUUGAUCAACCUACAUUGACAUAUCACAGGCUUUGCUAUUUUUAAAAACUAGAAUUUUACUUUCACCAUUUUCUGUGUUCUACUUUUAAUUCCUAAAUUUAAUACAUGUCAUUUAUUUAAUUCAGUUUUAAUGAUUAAUUUUUAAUUUUUCAAGCAUAUGUAUAACAUGUAAUUUGAGGUAAAGAUAUACUUUCUUGGUUUCCCAGACUCCUAGGUAGCCAAGAUAAAUUAAUAAAAAAAUUUCAUUUAAAAGAAUUUUCAGGUAAGAAAGUAUUGAUAGGUGAAGAUUUCUAAUGUUUUCAUCAGUCUUCCUUAAGCAUUUUUCAGCUGAAGAUGUACUGAAUGUAAACAUGUAUGUUUAUUGUGUCCUUGAAAUUUUUAUGUGAAAAUGUAGAUGCAAGAACUCUUUUAUUAAUAGGCACUCUUGGUGAGAAAAACAAUUAGGAGCCAACAAUAAAAACUGAAAUACUAUUCAAAAAUCAUUUUCUUUUGUAUUUGUUUAGGCUUUUCUUGACCUUUAUUUGUUGUAACAACAACAACAACAACAAAGGAACCAAAAUAAUGCUGGAAAGCAAGUGCAAACCAAGGAAACUUCAUAAGAGGGGGAUAUUAGUCAUUUAUCAAUUAUAUCAUUUAUAAAAUAUAUUUAUAAACUCUCAGAUAACACAAAAAGUUACAGCCCAUAUCUGAAUAUGGCAUCACUAUUUGCAUUCAUUUACUUUUGCAUGAUGCUAUUCUCUUUACAAUGGUUCUUUUCUAUCUUUUUUCUUCUUCUUUUAAUGAAUUGCAUAGUUGUUUACUUCCCAGCUUGUUCAAAUUUCCUUAAUUUCUUGGUAUAACAAACACAUUUUAAUUCAAAUAUAAACUUUGAUUUCUAUGUAGAACAAAAGUAAUUGGUUCUGCAAUUAACUUGCUCAAUUACAUACAAACAACAUGCUAUAUAUGAAAAAACUUGCUGACUGAAUUACAGGUAUUAUAUACUAAACAGUCUAAUAGUUUAUUAUGAUUUCUAUUUAACAAUCUAGGAAUUUUGAAGCCAUCAGCAGUUCCAGUGGCAAUUUCAGGUACAGUUGGGAAUUCAGGAAUCUCGAUGGAGCUGUUAGUGUAGCAGACCUUGUAGGUAAAAUAUAUGCAUCUUUCAAUAGCACAUGUGAAGGACUUUCUCUAAAAUUGACCUCAUUGGUUUCAUUCUCAGCAAACUGACCUGGUUCACUCAACAUGGCCUUUAUUUUUUGUGAUAUUAGUGCAUGUUCUAU